AUGACGAUCCACCAGUCGACUCCCAGUUCGCAGCCACAACCUCCAUCUUACCCACAGCUCUCUGCGCAUGGAGACAGCUCCGUGACCUCGACUACAGGAGAUCGUCAAAAUGGAGCAUCUGUCGUGGAGGGGGUGGAAGAUGAUGAUUCGGUCUCUACUACAGACAGCACUAUUGGAAAUACCAUACCCAGGAAUCCCUCGGAUGCGUGGCAACUAUUGAAGGAUGUGGCCAGUCGUGAAGCAGAUCAUUUGCAGACGACGGCAACGGGGAACACUCGGGGCUACCUUUCCAGCCAGACGAUCCCAAGUGCGAUCAGGCCCGGGCCUCAACGUUCGGUCAAUAUCCAUGCCGGUAUCUCGAGCUACCGUCUAGUACGCGAAGGAUAUCUGACACCGGAUGUGAUUCAGAUGCUGGUCAGACGCUAUGCCGAGCAUUAUCAUCCAUAUCUGCCUCUAGUCCCACGAAAAUACUUUGAUCCUGCCCAGUUGGACCCCUUCGCGGUCAGUGAGAAGCAUCUGCUGACCGCCGUAAUCACCAUUUCUUCCAAAGAUAUGGUCGAGCAGCCCAAUAUUCACAUGAGUUGCUCGCGAUAUAUGCACGAUCUGAUAUCGGGAAUUGCGGCUGGCCAUGACUGCGACGUGGAAGCAGUUGAGGCCCUGUUGCUACUCGCCGAGUGGGAGCCUCAAGGCCUUCACAAUCGCAUCGAGGCGGUGGGAAGAGGUGAGGAAGACCGAUCAGCAUGGAUGCAUGUCGGCAUUGCACUUCGUACUGGCUACUUUCUGGGCCUGGAUAGAACAGCUUUUCGCCAGGAGUCGGCGGAGGAGGCAAAGAUUGAUGGGCGGAAGCGCCUUGCCUGGGCGAAUUGCUACGUGUCAGACCGGCUUAUCUCUGUGAGAAUAGGCAAGGCAUUCUGGUCUCGCGGCCCGGGACCCAUGACAGGACUUUCCUCUCAAGACUUCCCCUCGCUACAACCAUUCAGUCCGGGGGAUGAGGAUUACGCCAAAAUAAUGCAGGCUACGCUCGAUUUGACACAGCUCUACUCGAAUGUUCACGACGUCCUAUACUCGGGUAUGCGGACGAGCGGCCAAAUGAUGCUCAUGGGAGAUUAUGUCAAAUACGUGGAUGACUUCAGAAUGGGAAUCGCGCGCUGGAACACGACCUGGGGAAAGUUGGACUGCUCGCCCCAUAUCAAGAUCACGAUGCAGAUGUCGUACGAAUACCUAUGCCUCUACACCAACGCCUUCGUAUUUCAAGCCGCGAUCUCCCAGGCAAUUGCGAACAAGCCCAAAACCGAUGCACACUCCCUAAGGGACCACCUCCGGAGCGUUUUCAGCAACGUGGGGACCAUGCCAGAUGCCCGCUUCAUCUGGGCCAGUGUUGCCGCUGCCAAAGCAUAUCUAACGUUGCUCAGUACACAGAUCGAUCCUGGCAGAUACUUGAGGUAUAUGCCGUUGAGAUACUAUCUUUAUAGCAUCUACUCUGCGGUGUUUUUGUACAAAGCACGAUCCUUUGGCGUGAUGACGGACAUGGAAGCACGGCAGGUCCGACAACUGAUUGUACAAGUCACGGAGGUGCUCAAGAAAGCCUCUGUAUCUACACAGGAUGCAGGCUCACGUUACGCCCGAUUGCUCGAACUGCUAUGGAUCAAACCGCCCAAAGACAGUUCUCACGUCCAGCAGCCCAUGGAAUCGCCAGCAAUGUCCGACACCCAACUUUCGUCGUCGGCUGGAAGCGUUCGAGUAGACGCUCACGGCUACAUGCAGUACAGUCCGGCCAACGAUUUCUCGUGGCUUGAUCUUGAGGCUGUGGGUGAUUAUGUGUCUGGUGAUCAAAUCCCCGGGAAUGGGAUCAGUGGGCUUGCCCCGAUGGCUGCCUAUGAGACGGCACCCUCUUUCAUGCCUCAGACUCAGGGAAUAUCAUGGCACCAGCAGAACAAUGGUCUCAGUUGGCCAAUGGACGGGUCCAGCAAUCUGUUCUUUUAG